CCUGCCGUCACUGUGGGCUUUUCGUUCUCCAUCAGUCGAAUGCCCACAAUAAUGAUCAGUGCACAUGCUGUAAGAUGUGGCGAGCAUGUGUCCACCUGGCCAGCUGCAUGCAAGUGUAUGUCACUGAAGGGGAGGAGGAUACCUUAACCGGACUCUUCAGUGUGAGGCUGAAAUAGAACCAGUGCUCCCCUCUCUCACUCUCUCUACCCUUUUUCCCCCCUCUCUCUUUUCCUCCACUCUCUGUCUCCUUCUCGGUGGCUGGCCAAGCUCCUCUCCUCUGUGUCCUGCUCUCCACCUGGCCUCCAUGAGUUUAAUUGAGGACAAGCCAUUCCUCCCUGGAAGAUGGGAAAUGCUUCAGACACGUCUGCUGUGUUUACCUCCACCGUCUCCAAGGAGCAUGACAUCUUCAUGGGUUCACUCUACAGCUUAUUCUGUAUACUGUCCGUCAUAGGCAACUCCACACUGCUACUUGUUGCUUAUCACAAGCGGUCAACCUUGAAACCAGCAGAGUUCUUUAUCAUCAAUCUCUCCAUCAGUGACCUUGGGAUGACACUCACUUUACUUCCACUGGCCAUACCAUCAGCGUUUUCACACAGGUGGCUGUUUGGAGAAACCAUCUGCCAGGUGUAUGCUAUGUGUGGAGUGCUGUUUGGUCUCUGCAGCUUGACAAACCUCACAGUGCUUUCCUUAGUGUGCUGCCUUAAAGUCUGCGUCCCCAACCACGGUAACAACUUCUCCUCGUCACAUGCCCGCCUCCUGGUGGCCGGAGUGUGGUGUUACGCAUCUGUGUUUGCUGUGGGGCCACUGGCACACUGGGGACAUUACAGUCUUGAGCCUUAUGGGACAGCGUGCUGCAUUGACUGGCACGCACCCAACUACGAGCUUUCAGCUUUGUCUUACAUUAUCUGCCUUUUCUUCUUUUGCUAUGUACUGCCCUGCACUAUCAUCUUCCUCUCCUACACUUUCAUUCUGCUGACCGUGCGGGGGUCACGUCAGGCCGUCCAGCAGCAUGUGUCACCACAGACCAAGAGCACCAAUGCACACACUCUCAUUGUCAAGCUGUCUGUAGCAGUGUGCAUAGGCUUCCUGGCUGCUUGGUCUCCAUAUGCUGUCGUGGCCAUGUGGGCUGCUUUCGGGGAUGCCACGCAAGUUCCUCCUGCUGCUUUUGCCCUUGCUGCAGUGUUUGCCAAGUCUUCUACCAUCUACAACCCUAUGGUCUACCUCCUGUGUAAGCCCAAUUUCCGCGAGUGUUUAUACAGAGACACUUCGAUGUUACGACAGAUGAUCUACAGGGGCAGUCCGCAGUCCGAGCCGAAAGAACGAUUCGGAUCCACAUCACAGCGCAACAAGGACAUGAGCAUCUCCACGCGCUUUUCAAAUGGACAGCAGGAGAGCUACGGGGCGUGUCUGCACUGCACGGACAAUGCAGCUCUGUGUCAUGUGACACCCCAAAGGACUGCCUGCAUCCUGACUGGAUCCACCUACACAGAGGUGACAGUCAGCCAACUCUCAGCCAAACCACAGGCCGAGUUCCUCUAGUGGAACAGCCUGAUUCUUUCAUAAAGCAAACAAAGGACGACACAUGAUCAAAAAGACAGAGGUUACUGAACAAUAAAGUCUCACUGAGACUUCACCACCUUUGCAAGGACCUUUCAUGUCAUCCUUUCUGAGUGACUCUUUCAUUGUGAAAUGAAAACAUGACACAAACUUCUUCUCAGAAGAUUUGCCGCAGAAAAGUAUACUUGCAAUGUCUUGACGUCUACUUCUGUGUCAGCUUGUUUCCUGUUUCAUUUAAAUGUGCAGUAAUUUAACAGGAUUCCAAGAGAGCAGAAAAUGAGACAGCAGAACCCCCUCCAGCUUAAAGGUUAAUUAGGAAAAUGUGUACCUCAGUGUGCAUCAUGAGGAUAAACUACGUUUAAUAUUCCACCAGCGCCAACUGAGUAAAUUAUAAGAGCGUAUUGCAGUCAAGGACUGAGAAAAAGAUUGUUUAGGUUUCUUUACAUUGAGGACCGUGAUACUGUAUGUAAAGGGGUAUUCAACCUAAAAUGAUCAAGUAUUCACCCCCUGUAGGAGUAAAUGUCUGAUCUAAUCUAAUGUUUUGUCCUUGUCAGUAGUGGGCUGUACUGUAACUGAGACAUAAAAUCAAACUGGCAGCUUCAGCUUUCUGGGAUGAACAACACAACCAAAUGUCCCCACUUCUUCCAGCCUACAGGUUCUUUGAGAGGUUUAAUGCUUGAGAGAGUGCUGUAAGCAGAAGAUCACUUCAGUCAAGAGGCCUGUACUUGCAGGGCUCCAGUGCAGCAUGUAACCUGCAGUCAUUUUCUAAACACAGACUGUUGAACAAAAUAGUUCCACAUUAAUUUGUACAUAAGUUUAGAUUUUUAUUUCAUAAAAAGCACUGCAUGUGACUCCCUUUGGUUUACAGAAACUCCCAUUUCAGUUGUGGGGCCUCUCUUCUGCUCUUGAUUUUAACUUAUUUAGAUCUUAGCAAACUAAUAUUAAAGGUAACCCACCCUAUUAAGAAAACUUAAUAACCUGUCAUUUCAAACCAUUCUAUUUAAACAGUCGACUGAUUAGCAAUCAAGAAAAAUCUGUUUCUGCAGUAUUUUACAUCAGUACAAAGAAAAUGAUCUCCAAAGUAGGCCAUAGUAAAGACUGAAGGUCCUUGAGAAUUAUUUUACUCACUGAAUCUUUAAAUAUUUUUAAUUCAUGCUCAUGGAUUCACCUAAACUCAUUCACACAAGCUCAAACAUCAAUGCCCAUGACCACACAUGAACACUCGAUCAUACGGUGCUUUUGUCUUGCAGUUUGUUUUUUUUCUGCUGAAAAUAUGCAUUUACAGCCAUCAGUUAAAAAAGUGAUUCUUUCUAUUUGAAUUGAUUACAGCAAUUGUGAUGUCUUUUCAUCCAUGUCAGUGCAAAAAUACAAAGAACUGUUAUAUUUAAUUUUAGUUUUCCUUUAUAAUGUGGUCCUGUGCUGUGUGACAUCAUGUGUAUGUAUGUGUAUAUAUAUAUAUAUAUAUUUUUUUUUUAAAGUAUCAUGUAUGUAUUCAUUUCAUUAUAAAAAAGUCCUUGUUUAGUAUCGGAUCAUUGCACUGUUUUGGGGGGCACAGAAAGUUACAUCAUCUGACAGAAAGUGAGAUCUCAGAAAGAUUGAAAUAAUUUCAAAUUAUUCAUAAAAACACUGUAAAACAUGAGGGGAAAUUGUAAACACGUAUUUUACUGAAAACGAUUGUAGAACAGAGAUUAUAAUCGAAUGUUUAAGAUCAACUCUUAUUUUCUGUGAAUAAGGCAAUAUUUAAUAUUUUUUUUCCAAGCACUUUAAUUAUCUGUGAGGAAUCUGCUUUGCUGGGUGUUCAUUACCUUGGGAGCACAGCAGGUUCAAAUUUACUGCCAGUGCAAUUUUCCAUAAAGCAGUUUAUUGACAUUAUAGGAGGCGCCUCUGUUUAAAAUUCCUCGGAUGGUGUGCUCUACAUAUUGAGCCUGAAACUAAUUUGCUCUCAGUUUUUAGAGAACUGCAUUAGCGUUUUUGUGAAGAAGCUGGAUUUGAAAAAUGAAGACAAAUCAUCCAAAUGUCCUGCUUGUCCUGCAGUGGAUAUGGCAUUUCUGGAGGGGGGAAAACACAUAAAUAAAUAAAUAAAUAUUGGUCUGAAUGAGGAUAACCUUGGACGGCAUUGGGUUUGACUUGAGAAACAACCAACUUCUUGUACUGUAAUAUUUCCAUUUUAGUGCAUUUCUGUCAUAUCUCUGUCUGCCACACACAACAUUUCAGGAGAAAUCUUUCUGAGAAGGCUAAUCAAAAAUCAAACAUCAUGAUGAUAGCAAAGCUGCAACUGUGAGGUUGCCUUUCCUAUGACGAUUACAUGCAUGUGCAUUUCAAAACAUAUAGGAAGCCCCAUCUGUGUAAUGAACAGUAAAAUCUAUA